AUGGGAACUCUUUUCUUAUUUUUGACUCACACGGAUUCUAUCUACAAACAAAUAGUGCUAUGGAUCAAAGCUGACAAGAUCGAAGAGCUUUUAGAUAUAAUGAAAGGACCCCUUUUUAAUCAAGAGGAACCAGACCACAAGACGUAUUUGUUACAAGCAAGGAAAAUUAGCCAUCUCCUGCUACAAAUUUACAAUGGCAUGGCAGUGUUUACUUGUUCUCUCUGGGUGCUACUUCCGUUUAUACUGCAUUUACAAGGAAAACCUGUGGAGUUUGCGAUUUGGUUGCCUUUCGAUGUCAACGCUAACUCUACGACAAGCUUAAUUAUUUCAGAAACUGGCAUAGAUCAAUCUUUGAAAUUUUUACCUACGCAUGGUAAUGAUGAUAAAGAAUUAGGAAUGUACAAUCUCCAGAAGUCGAGAAACAAUCUCUUUUAUUUAACUAAGAGAAGUGAAGAAGAACAUAUUAUAACGGGGGAACCUUGUACAGAUAUAAUAAGUAGACGUUUCAGAAAUAUGUUACAGCAUCACGUGCAGAUCGUACACUUUGCACAAGAAGUCGAAGAUAUAUUUAGCACAGCAAUUGCCUACCAAUUUCUAGUAAGUGGAUGGAUCAUAUGUACGUCGGUAUAUAGAAUGGUCGACGUAAGAAACAAGUUGCAAACGCUUGCACAGUAUUGUGAAAAUGCAGUGCUUUCGGAGCUGAUUAAGAGCCAAGUCCAACGUUGCAAUGUGAAUUCGUCUAUUGAUAAAUACUUAGCACCUAAGUGCUUGAUGUUCUUUGAUAUUAAUCAACAAUUGUGUAAACAAUUCGCGAAAUCCAAAUAUGACUUACAAAGCGAAUAUACAGCUAAGAUGAACGAAAUACAAAAUGUUCAAACACUUUGCGAACAUGCUCGAUCAUGGAAACCCAAAUUCUUACAAGAAUAUUCAGAUAUUAACCUCGAGGCGGUAUUUAAAAACAGUGUGUUGUGCCUAAAAUUGUGUGCCGAUGAUGUAAAUUACUUAAGUGUAGAUUCUAAUUUCUUUUGUAAAUAUUAUAUGUGGGGUACAGAUACUAUCAAAAAUCCUUCAACUAAAAUGACACAUAGUGAUAGUGAUGCUGUUAGCAAAUUAUCUAAAGCAGUCGAAAAUCCAAAUAAUUUGGGUAUUUCUGAAAUUACGCAAUCUAUUGCCAAAACUGAUAAUACCACAACUAUUACAAGUGAAAAUGAAGCUAAACAGCCACAGGUGAAGCCCUCUGAAUUAAAAACCUCUAAGCCUAAUGUAACAAAUACAGAUGGAACAACUGCUAUAAAUCAAGCAUCAACCCAAAACACUGCUCAAAAAGUGGCUGAUAUAGAGAACAGUCUUAAAACUGAGCAAUCUGUUGCUUCAAUGGCACCAACUUCAGUAAAAAAUGACAUAGAAAAACCACCUGUUGCAUCUGAACAAAAAGAUGUCCUAAAGAGUGUUGAAUUAGAAGACAAAGAUGUUGGUAUUGAUAACUCUAAUGAUGCUGUUAAUGAUGAUGACCAAGAUGAUGAAGAAGAUGAUGAACAUCAAUAUGACCAAGAUGGCACUGGCCCCAAACCAUUAUUACCUGAUGUUAAUGUUGACACUAAGAAUGCUAAUGGCAAUAAUGAUUUGCCUCUGUCUGGCCAAGAUAUCGAUAGCAAUGUGCCACUAGCGAAUGGGUAUGAUGAAAAAAUGAAACAAAAAAGAGUUGAAAUAGAAUCUAACACAUCACUCAAUGUUAAUAGUGGUCCACAAAUAGUUUCAGAUAUCUUUCCCAAUUCAAUGGAAGAUUCCUUCAAUGAAGACGAUGACCACUUCUUUCCAUUUUUCCUAGCUGCAAUCAUCAUUGUGGUCCUGCUUUAUAUUCUCUAUCACAAUAAAAAUAAAGUCACAAAAGUGAUUCUAGGGCUGAUAGUGGAAGGAAGACAACCAGGGAAGCGUAGGAACAGUCGAGGUCACGCCUAUCGUCGCUUGGACACGUUGGAGCAAGCCAUGAAUACCAACACAGCAGCACCGCCAAAUGUUGGUGGUGGAGGUGGAAUUGUUUACUGGCCGGAUUUAUGG